CUUCCGCUUCUAACAAUGCGACCGAAGAAAAGCAGGCUCCCACUUUAGCUGAAGUGGUUAGAAAGUUGGACACAGAAAAUCUUAUCGAAUUUUUGCGUGGGGAAGAAGACUUGCAACUUAACGAAACUCAUUUCGAAAUCUUACGCAAAGAGGAGAUCGCUGGUCGAGAUUUCCUCAAAUUGACCGAGGAAAAACUUCGUAGCUAUGGUAUGAAGGGUGGGCCUGCCUCAAGAAUUGUGGAAUUUGCCAAGGAGUCUGAGAGAAGUGUUAUUAAACUAUGGUAUGGUAUUGAAUCCAUCCCGCUAUUCACACUCCCGACCUAUGAGAUUCAAGACAAUGAUAAGCAUUUUACACAUUGCAUGGCUGAGAUCUUAGUCCGGCUGAGAGAUUACGGGUCAUUACUCGUCGAUAGUUUAGAAAGCAUGCGAAACGAAUACGUUGUGGCAUUACUCCACUCUGCCCUCCACAUCGUACGGGACGACACUCAAAAAGAGUUUAGUAUGAGACCGCAAUAUGAAAUUACGGGAGAAAAAAGUACAGGCCGAGUCGAUUACGCAAUCAAGGUAUUGGGUGUUAUCGUGGCUUUGUUAGAGGAUCGCGCUUGUGUGGGAAAGUCUCCUACCACUAAGAGAGCUAGGGUUGAGGGGUACCGCGCCAAAAAAAUGAUGUAA